AGCAAAUAGAGAAGUAAGAGCGAGACGGCGUCAUGAGUGUGCCACUUAUUGGAAUUUACUGUCAUUGUCUCGCAGAUGGUUCACACAUCGCUGAUCUCUCUAUACUUACAUCACAGCUUCCACAUAUUUAUUCACAAGAAACCUUGCUCGUCUGGCAUUUAUAUCAAGAACAGGAUACCAACAUGAACGGCCUCCUCCUCCUGUUUUACUGCUUAGAAAUCCUGGCUGCACUUCUGUGUGGAGCUGAUGGCAAAGAGCAGAAUGAAACUCCUCUGUCAACCACACAAAUCAGCACUUCAGCAUCCUCACCACCUGAUUUCACCACCGCUGCCAAUGGCACGUCUGAGGCCAGCAGCCUGACGAGCACCGAGACGUUCACAACUGUCUCCUUGCUCUCAAGCAGUCGCAGCCCUGCAGCUACGUCUGUCCGUCCGCUCAAGACCACCACCUCCACCACUGUCGCCCCAAACUGGGGGAUCUACAGAAGGGAAUGUCUCGCACCCUACCUGGUGAGUGGCAUCCUCAUCAUAGUCGUCACCAUCCUGCUGGUCUCCAGUUUGAUGUUGACGUGUAAGGUGAGGCAUCUCAGCAGCCGCCUCAAGGCGCUGAGCGGCGACAAUGACCUGAUCAGCAACUCUGAGUUCUGGAUGGGAACUGCCAGGAAGAACAAAAGCAGAUCAGGGCCGGAGGCCAAAGAGACCAGCGUGUUGAUGACUGACUUCGGUCAAACACCGGAGGUCCUGGGUGAUGGUGCUAACAAGGAAGAGGGCAAGAAGGUUAGCGUGGAUGGACAAAUGGGAGAGGAGAACAAGAAGAAGGUGGAAGACAACGGUGACGAGAGUAAGAAGGAGACACCUGUCACAAAAAAGUCCUUGUCCUCAAAGCCUCAAGAGGAAAGUACUGAUCCGAAGUCAAGCAAAGCUGAAGCCACCUCUGAGGAACCAAAGGGUGAAGUGUAGCACUGUGUGUGUGUGUGUGUGUGUGUGUGUGUGUGUGUGUGUGCGUGCGUGCGUGCGUGCGUGCGUGCGUGCGUGCGUGUGCGCAUGUCUAUAGCUAUAGUUAUGAGGGGCAAUUUUAGUUCAAUACCAUCAUUGUGAGAACUCGUCCUCAUAAAUUCAAAGGCCUUUUUGAGGGACGACACUUGGUUUUGGGGUUAGGGUCAGAAUAAGGUUUAGGUUUGGGUAAGGGUCAGGCAUUUAGUUGUGAUUGUUAAGUUUAGGGUAAGGGGCUAGGGAAUGCAUUAUGCAUUAUGUCAAUAAGUGUCCUCUCACAACUAUAGAGACAAGUGUGCGUGUGUACAUGUGUUUAUGUUUGUGUGUGAGAGAGAGAAAGAGAGAGAGAGAGAGAGAGAGAGAGAGAGAGAGAGAGAGAGAGGUCGACUUAAUUAGCAAGCAGAGAAUGUGCCUCUUCCGGGCAGUGCCACUCAACUCCGAGAGAACACUCUCUUUCACCUCGGCCCGGGGUGACAAAAGACACACAAAAGUCCUUUUCAACAAACCAAUAUGGAGUGGCUUCCGCCGCCUUGUGCAGAUUUUUGUCCGUCCACUUGCUUGUGACGUCCCCAUGGAUGUGCACCUUUUAUUGAAAAGUCUUUGAGUAUAGUUUUCCCCUUGUCACGGCACUGCGGCCUCUGCAUGAGGCUGGGCCUGAAUCUAAACCCUCCAGGCAGGAGGGGAAAGCACAGACAGAGAGGAGGCGGGUGCUGCAAAAGAGGCACAAAGCGAAUACAGAAAGAUUCUGUCCUCUCAGCUGCAUGGUUGCAUAAGUCCGGAUCAUCUGCAAUGAUAUGUGCACUUUGUUGAAUUUGUCUAGUUUAAAUCCUGAUCAACAUCUGCAUCAAACAUCUGUCCCCAAGCAGUGAAGGUAAUGUGUGUGCUAGCGGUACAGCAAUGCAGUGUGGGAUGGAGAGUUGGCUGUAUUGCUGAUGACAGGUAGGAAGCUGCAGUGAAGGACAGUCCUCUGCAAUAAAUCUUUUUCGAGUUGUUGUUUUGUGACAACCUCUAAAAUGAACACAGGGAAAACAACAGCCAAUCGCAGCACAGUCUGACUGUGAGGGGAUACUUUACAGGGGGUUGUGAUUUAGGUGAUAACUGAUAAUUGAAAUUAGCAAAUUCAUCAAACCACAAUGAUAUCUGUCACUUUAAAUGCAGAAUUAAUUCUUGGAAGCUGCUGCAUUUAACAUGAGCUGAGGAGUUUCCCUUGAAGCAGCCUUGUAUGCAGGGGACCCCCUCCGUUAUGCGCUCCAU